AUGGGGCUACUAACAGCAGGUACCCCGUUACCAUGGGAUGAAUCCAAACAAUAUAAUAACCAUAUCAGAAAUGAAGGUAUAGAACAACUAUUGACCAUCUUUAAGAAUACUUCAAAGAGAGAUAAUGAUCCAUUACUAUGGGGUGAUGAAUUAGAAUAUAUGCUACUUGAUAUCGAUGAUUUAAAACAUUCUGCUAGAUUAGAUGUUCUACAUGAUGUCAUCAUCACUGAAUUAAAUACUAUUGACACUGAAGUUUGCCAAGCUAAUGACGUUGAAUUUCAUCCAGAAUAUGGUAGAUUCAUGAUUGAAGCAACUCCAAAAUUACCUUAUACUGGUUACGUUAAAGAUUAUGUCGAAUUUAAUAUGAAAAUGAGAAGAAAAAUUAUUCAAAUGAAAUUGAAUCAAUAUAAUAAGUCUCAUUUAAUUCCAUUAUCCUUAACUGCAUUUCCAGGUUUAGGUACUAAAAACUUUCUUAACGUAGAAAAUGUAUGGAAUCAUAAGAAUUCUGCUUCCCGUUCUCAAUUUUUACCAGAUGAAGUCAUUAAUAGACAUGUCAGAUUUCCAACUCUAACUGCAAAUAUAAGAAAAAGACGUGGAGAAAAAGUCUGCAUCAAUAUUCCAAUGUACAGAGAUUCUUUUACUCCGGAUCAUGACACCACCGUAGACACUCCAAAUAGAAAUUGGUUCAUACCAGAAGAUUUAGAAUCAUCGGUCGCAGCAAAGAAAGGCCACAUAUAUAUGGAUGCAAUGGGAUUCGGUAUGGGCUCAUCGUGUCUACAGACCACUUAUCAGGCUCCAAAUCUGGAAAAGGCAAGAUUUCUUUACGAUUCUUUAGUCAAUUUCGCACCAAUAAUGUUAGCUCUCUCAGCUGCCUCACCAGCUUUCAAAGGCUGGUUGGCUGAUCAAGACGUUCGUUGGAAUGUUAUAUCCAUGGCUGUGGAUUGUCGUACACCAAGGGAACGUGGUGUUGAACCUCUACUACCCAAAUAUAAUCCACAUGGAAUGGGAGGUGUCGAUCCAAGUGAACAUGCCGAUUUUAUCAUUCCUAAAUCUAGAUACAGUGAAGUAGACUUAUAUCUAGGUGGGUUAAAUAAAUUUUUCAAUAGAAAUUUUAAUGAUACAAACGUUCCAGUUAGUGAAACAAUAUUGAAAAAAUUAUUGGAAAAUGAUAAAGUUACAAUCGAUUAUGAUAUGGCAAAACAUUUCGCACAUCUUUUCAUUAGAGAUUCUGUUUCAAUGUUCGAAGAAACUAUUAACCAAAGCCGCGAAACUUCCAUGAACCAUUUUGAAAAUAUUCAAUCAACAAAUUGGCAAACUCUUAGAUUCAAGCCUCCAUCUCCAUUGGCAAAUCCUGACAAUAAAACACUUCCUGGAUGGAGAGUUGAAUUUAGACCAUUAGAAGUCCAAUUAACAGAUUUCGAAAACGCUGCAUACUCAAAUUUCAUGUUUCUGGUGGUAGAAUCCAUCUUAGAAUCAUACAAUGAAAAAAUACCAUACAUACCGAUGUCAAAAGUAUGGGAAAAUAUGAGUUUUGCUCAUAUGAGAGAUGUAAUUGGGAGAAAAAUUAAAUUCAAUUGGAAAUGUAACUUUAAUGGAGAGACAUCAAAAUCUAAUAAAUAUACUCUCGAUGAAAUUUUCCACAACAAAGAAAAUGGUAUCUUUGAAACUUUCAUCAACGCAAUAUUACAACACAAGGGACUUGUUAGUAAAACAUGGGUGGAAUUGAAAGAUUCUACGUCAAAUAGAAGAUUGUAUUACUACCUGAAGCUAAUUUCUGAUAGAGCUACUGGCAUCAUUCCAACAGCAGCGAACUUUAUACGUAACUUCAUAUUGAAUCACAAAGAUUAUAAACAUGAUUCAAGAGUGCCAGAACAAAUCACUUACGAUUUGAUCUUAUUAUGUGAAAGAAUUACAAAUCUGGACAACUCACACAAGGAAAUAAGGCAAUACUUCGGUGACGAAAUCGCCGUAUAUCUAUUGAAUGACAAAGUUCAAAUAGAAUAA